AUGGAGCCCGAGUCCCUGCGGGAGUUGGAGAAGCCGGCGGGGCCUGAUGGGAAUCUGGGGGCGGCUCUGAAGGGUGAGCGGGCCCCGGCCUCCGCAGAGAAGUUGUAUCCGCUCAUAGAGUCAAGUCAGGAGCGGGAAGCAGAGAUAAGCUGGGAUUCAGCGCAGCGUGCGGAGCCACUAGGAGCGGAGCAGGAGUCACUUUCCUCCUGGGUGUCCAUGAAGCCAGAUUCAGCUCCAACCACGGCACAGUUCGUAACUGAAGUGUCUCAUAAGCGUCGCUGCAAAACCAACUGCCUGGAGGCUCCACUGUCCCGGGCCUUCCGAUGGCUGGGAAGGAAGGUGGGCUUGCACCCCUGGGUCUUCCUGCUGGCGCCCAUACUGCUGACAGCUCUUCUGGGCACUGGCUUUACUUACCUGCCCAAGGAUGCACAAGAGGACCUUGAGGAGCAGUACACUCCAAUCGGGAGCCCCGCAAAGGCUGAACGGCACUUUGUGCAAGAACAUUUCACAACAGACGACUCAAAUCAUUUCUCCGUCUACAGGAAGAGCACCGAGGUCAAUUUCGCUUCUAUCCUAGUGGUCUCCAACACUGCGUCCCUGCUGGAACAAGAAAUCUUAUCAGAAAUUAACAAACUGGACCAUAUGGUGCAGGCCCUGUAUGCGACCCCGAAAAACGGAAACCAGAUCCCGUACAGUGAGGUGUGUGCUAAGAUCCAGGGCUCCUGUGUACCCUCCAACCCACUCCUGUCUGCCUGGCAAGUGAACAAGCACCUUGACCUGAGGAAAAUCACCUUCCCCGUCUACAACCCAAAUGGUCAGCCUUUGAGCCUGGCUGGCUCCCUUGGAGAAAUCAUCUUAGGCCAGAAGAUAGGAGCCAACCAGAGACUCGUGGACGCCAAAGCCAUGAGGCUGCAAUAUUACCUGAAGACUGGAGGAGAAGAUAACGAGCACAGCAAGAUGUGGUUGAUCCAUUUCCUGAAGCAAAUCAGCAACAUUGAAAACAGUCUGGCCUCGAAGAUGAUCCAGGUGGUCUACUUUACAUCACUUUCUAGACAAUUGGAAUUUGAGGCAACUUCUACAACAGUGAUUCCUUUGUUUUAUGUGGCGUACCUUCUAAUCAUAUUAUUUUCCAUUUCAUCAUGCUACAGGUGUGACUGUGUACGAAACAAAAUGUGCGUUGCAACCUUUGGAGUAAUUUCUGUUGCCUUGGCAGUGGUGAGCGGCUUUGGCUUCAUGUUGUAUACUGGGGUACCAUUUGUGACCAUAGUUAAAAAUUCACCAUUUCUUAUUCUAGGUGUUGGGGUUGAUGACAUGUUUAUCAUGAUUUCUGCCUGGCAGAAGACCAACCUCACAGAUAGCAUAAAACACCGUAUGGCCAAUGUCUAUUCAAAAGUGGCAGUGUCUAUUACAAUCACCACCAUCACCAACAUCCUGGCCUUCUAUACAGGGAUUAUGACCUCUUUCAGGUCUGUACAGUAUUUUUGCAUUUAUACAGGAACAACCCUGUUCUUUUGUUAUUUUUACAACAUCACCUGUUUUGGAGCAUUUAUGGCCCUGGAUGGUAAAAGAGAAGGAGUCUGUUUACGUUGGUUAAAAAAGACAGAUAGGCCUGACCAAAAAUGUUCCUUCUUAAAACGAUGCUGCUGUCUCCCAUUUGGUUCUCUUCCAGAUGAACAGGGAGCAGAUAUCCAUCCAAUGAAUUUGUUCUUUAAAGACUAUUUUGGACCUGUUCUCACAAGCAGUAAGACCAAGAUUUUUGUAGUGCUUCUAUACAUUUUGUACCUCAUAAGUAGUAUAUAUGGGUGUUUCCAAGUGAAGGAAGGUUUAGACCUUCGAAAUUUGGCGAGUGAUGAUUCUUACAUUACACCAUAUUUUAAUGUAGAGGAAAGGUAUUUUUCACAUUAUGGUCCCAGAGUUAUGGUUAUUGUUACCGAACCUCUUGACUACUGGGAUAAAUAUGCUAGGCAAAAAUUGGAAAAAUGUCUGAGAGAUUUUGAAAACAAUGGCUAUAUAGAUGAAAGUCUUACAGAGUUUUGGUUACAAGAAUAUGUGCAAUACAUGGAAGAUAACAAACGAGACAUAAAUGAUAAGAAUACUUUUAUAAACAGUAUUUCAAGUUUUGUUAUGAAAUUUCCACUUUUUAUGUACGAUAUUAAUAUUUCAUCAUUACAUGAAAUCAGUUGUUCCCGGGCCUUCAUUCAGACUACAGGUAUUUCUUCUUCAACCAACAAGAAAAAGAUGUUAAUCCAGUUACGAGAGUUGGCUGAAGGGUGUGAAAUUCCUUUAAUGGUGUAUAACCAGGCAUUCAUAUAUUUUGAUCAGUAUACUGCAAUAAUAGAAAACACUGUUCGAAAUGUCAUUGUUGCAUCAACAAUUAUGUUUGUUGUUUCUCUAUUGUUAAUUCCUCAUCCACUGUGUUCUUUGUGGGUAACGUUUGCUAUUGCUUCUGUGAUUGUAGGAGUAACAGGUUUCAUGGCGUUCUGGAAUGUCAAUCUUGAUUCCAUAUCCAUGAUUAAUCUUGUCAUUUGUAUAGGGUUUUCUUUUGAUUUUUCUGCACACAUUACCUAUGCAUUUGUUUCCAGUUCUGAGCCCUCAGUAAACCAAAAAACAAUUGAAGCAUUGUAUAUGCUAGGCUACCCUGUGUUACAAAGUGCAAUUUCAACAGUUAUAGGGGUGUGUGUUUUAGCUGCAGCUAAAGCAUACAUCUUCAGGACAUUUUUUAAGAUUAUGCUUCUUGUUAUGUUAUUUGGGGCUGCUCAUGGUCUAAUUUUUAUUCCAGUAUUCUUAACCUUUUUUUGA